ACUCUCGCUAUGUCAACCACUUCGCAAACCGUACAUACAAAUGAUGAUUCUUUAACUAACUCAAAUUUGCUUAAUGAGUUGGAAGAACAAGCUCGCGGUAUUGCUGAGGACCUCGAAACAAUGUUUCAAAAUUUAAAGUCCCAAAUGUUUGAGGCAUCGGUCUUAACUUCUGCUUCAUUUGAUGUUUAUAAGCAAACUGUCGAGAAUUAUAGUACAGAAAUUAAAGAAGCAUCAAAUAAAACUCGAGAAUUAAUAGAAUUGUGCGAUCGAUUAGAUAAAGAAUUUGUUGAAGUACAAAUAUUAGCAAGUAAUAUUAAAAAUAUUAAACAACAAAUUGACACACUUCAUAGUGCUUGGAUUCGAAUAUCUAAAUAG